UCCCAACACUGUACAUACUCCGGUAACACCACCCUAGAUUAGAUAACGAACGAAACCCCGCGUCCUGGCCCUCGGGGCACCCCGCCAUCCCGUCUCAACAAUCCAGAGCCAGGGGCAGGUUGCUUUUUUUUUCGCUUUCUCGCUGGCUUUAUCCCGCAACCCGCAUUCUGACUGACCUGUCGGCUCUUACUCUCCCUCUAUUUUCCUCGCAACUGGAUCCGCCUGGCGCGAACAUAGAAAACUGUCUGCUCGUUGUCUUCCGAAGAACACUGCAAACCAUCCAGCCAAACCAAACCGGAGACACGCCCCGCACCGACGCCAUGGCUCCCGACCACAAGGCCUGCCUGAUCGUGAUUGACGGCUGGGGCAUCCCCUCGGACGAGUCCCCCAAGGAUGGCGAUGCCAUCGCUGCUGCCGACACCCCCGUCAUGGACGAGUUCUCCAAGAGCCCCACCGGCUACACCGAGCUUGAGGCAUCCUCGCUCGCCGUCGGCCUUCCCGAGGGCCUCAUGGGCAACUCCGAAGUUGGCCAUCUCAACAUCGGCGCUGGCCGCGUGGUCUGGCAGGACGUCGUCCGCAUCGACCAGACCAUCAAGAAGGGCGAGUUCGCCAGCAAUGAUGUCAUCAAGAAGGUCAUGGAGGCCGUCAAGAACGGCAACGGCCGCCUUCACCUUUGCGGCUUGAUCUCCCACGGCGGUGUGCACUCCAAGCAGACGCAUCUGUACGCCCUGCUCGAGGCGGCCAAGCAAUAUGGCGUCCCCAACGUUUACAUUCACUUCUUCGGCGAUGGCCGUGACACGGAUCCCAAGUCCGGCGCUGGCUACAUGGAGGAGCUGCUGUCCAAAACCAAGGAGAUCGGCGUUGGCCAGCUCGCCACUGUUGUCGGUCGGUACUACGCCAUGGACCGCGACAAGAGGUGGGAGCGGAACGAGAUCGCGCUGAAGGGCCUGGUUCUCGGCGAGGGCGAGCAGAGCGACGACCCGGUCAAGACCGUCAAGGAGCGCUACGAGAAGGGCGAGACGGACGAGUUCCUGAAGCCCAUUAUUGUCGGUGGUGACGAGCGCCGCAUCAAGGACGGCGAUAACGUAUUCUUCUUCAACUACCGGUCUGACCGCGUCCGGCAGAUCACCCAGCUUCUCGGCGACGUCGAUCGGUCUCCCAAGCCCGACUUCCCCUACCCGAAGAUCAACCUGGUCACCAUGACGCAGUACAAGCUCGACUACCCGUUCGAGAUUGCCUUCAAGCCCCAGCACAUGGGCAACGUGCUCGCCGAGUGGCUCGGCAAGCAGGGCGUCGAGCAGGUCCACGUCGCCGAGACGGAGAAGUACGCCCACGUCACCUUCUUCUUCAACGGCGGUGUCGAGAAGGUCUUCCCGCUCGAGACGCGCGACGAGUCGCAGGAUCUCGUGCCGUCGAACAAGAGCGUGCCCACCUACGACAAGGCCCCCGAGAUGAGCGCCGACGGCGUUGCAAACCAGGUCUGCAAGCGGUUGGCGGAGCAGAGGUUCCCCUUCGUCAUGAACAACUUCGCCCCCCCGGACAUGGUCGGCCACACCGGCGUGUACGAGGCCGCCAUCGUGGGCUGCGCGGCCACGGACAAGGCCAUCGGCAAGAUCUACGAGGCCUGCAAGAAGGAGGGCUACAUCCUCUUCAUCACGGCCGACCACGGCAACGCCGAGGAGAUGAAGUUCCCCGACGGCAAGCCCAAGACCUCGCACACCACCAACAAGGUCCCCUUCAUCAUGGCCAACGCCCCCGAAGGCUGGAGCCUGAAGAAGGAAGGCGGCGUCCUGGGAGACGUCGCCCCCACCGUGCUCGAGGCCAUGGGCCUGCCCGUGCCGCCGGAGAUGACGGGUACUAGCCUGCUGGUCAAGGCGUAGAAAACAAACAAACCAAACCCUGCCCGGGCUUGGAUGAGAGACGAGGUUCAUGAAGAGUAAUGGGAUAAAGCGGGCGAUAUAGAGGAAUAGAUAAGGUAGACUUGCUUGGCAGAAUGUCCUGUCCGUCGGGCGGGCGCAGGGCGCGGGACACCGUUCCGUAGCGGUGCAAACAAAAGACCAAAUGUAUCCUUCUCGAUAGCAGUCGCAGGGUGACUGUACGCCUGUUGCUCGGGCUUGGAUUCAUGGUAAGCGACGCGUACUUCCCCUUGUGUCGCCGGGGCACCACUACAAUGG